AUGGAUAAGAAGGCGCAUCCCGAUUGCAGAACAUGCAGGAGACGUCGCAUCCGCUGCGACCGUCAGCGUCCGUCCUGUCUGAAGUGUGUCUCCCGAGAUCUCAGCUGUCCAGGAUACGGCCGUCGCAUCCAGUGGGUCAACGGCGUGGCCUCGCGCGGGCGGCUGAAGGGCCAUCCAACCCCCAACCCGGAGCAUCAGGAUGACUCCCCAGAGAGUGAGCAGGUCGACUCAGCAGCCAUAUCAAGUCCCGGAGACGGACAGGUGACGGACCAGCAUAUCCAAGACGUCGAGACCGGCGCCGUGGUGCUCUUCCAGCCUCGCCGGAUCCCGGAGCUGCGCGAGGACACGGCCGUCUUCCUCGACUACUACGACAAGUCCAUCGCCGGGCUCAUGGUCUGGUUCGACUCGGACGACAACGCCUACCGCAGCUGCGCCCUGCCCCUCGCCCGCCGCCAGCCGGGCCUCUUCCUGGCCAUCGCCGCCGUCUCGGCCUUCCACGGCUCGUCCGCCUCGCCCUCGUUCCCCGACCAGGCCCGCGACCGCUGCCUGGCCGUCCUCAACCAGAGCACCCAGGACCUCACCCGCCGCCUCAGCACCGGCUCCAACCUGUCCGCCCGCUCCGACACCCUCCAGGCCGAGUGGCUGCUCGCCUCCAUCCUCGUCAUCUCCACCUACGAGAUGGUCCGCGGCCGCAUCCUCGCCUCAGAGGGCCACAAGCGCGCCGCCCGCUCCCUCCUCAACCUCUUCACCACUUCUUCGUCUUCCCAGUCCGACUUCUUCCUCUUCCUCCGCAACCAGCUCGCCAUCCACGACGUCCUCUCCUCCAUCACCGCCUUCCACGACCCCUCCGACCUCCUCGCCACCGUCGUCCCCUACCACACCCCGACCACCCUCUUCACGGACUACCUCUCCCUCGUCCACGCCGUCACCCUCCUCUCCCGCAACCUCCCUCCCCCACCCUUACCCGAUCACUACAGCCUCGCCGAUGCCCCUUCCACCCGCGACGCCUUCGAGCAGGCCCGCGCAUCAACCCUCCUCGCCUCCGCCCGCCUCCCCUUCAGUAACCCACAACUCCGCCGCGACUUCACCCGCAUCGUCGACAUCUUCCACUCGGCGGCCUUGCUCUACGCCCACCGCUGCCUCGGCUUCAUCGCUGCCGACGCGACCGCGGCUCUCGAGCACGCCCUCCUGUCCCGCCGCCUGCUCGACCAGCUCCUCCGCCUCGAGGACGUGCGCGCCUGGCCGCAGAACCUGCUCUGGCCGGCGUUCAUCGCGGGGGUCGAGUGUCAUGGCGACAUCGGGGCGCAGGGGGUAGUGGAGGGCCUGUGCCGCUCGCUCUACGAGGUUACGCGGUUCGGGCACUAUCUCGGCGUGCUGGAUUUCCUGAGGGCGUUUUGGGGUGGUGAUAGGGAUGAUUGGAGGGGACUGGCGGGGGAGUGGGAGGCUGAGGGGAGGAGGGUGCUCUUGUCGUAG